AUGACACAGAAAGGUGAAGAUAACCCGGCGGGUCCUGUCGGGCCAGUUAGGCGAACUGAUGUUCUCCCGGACCAGGCUCAAACGAGACAAAGAAAUUUCAAUCCAGCUGAUCGACUGUCGGAAUCAUCUACGUCCGAAAAUGCCGAGCGUGAGCCCAUGUUAUCGCGCAGAACUCAUCAGUCUUCUAAUGAAUCAUCAUCGGCUCAAGAAACGGAGCUCAAAUAUGGAGCUGAAGCGGUAAUCAAUUUGUUCAUCCCGGUUACUGCAUGCAUGAUCUUCGUCAUCGCUUCGGUCCAAUGCUUAUCAUCAUACAGUGGUCAACAGAAACAGAGUGUGUCUUUUAUUUACACGCCUUUUCACCCUGCUGAUGAUGAUCCCGCUGGAACCAUCAUUUGGCAGACGGUUGCAAACUCACUGAUCAUGAUUUCUGUUAUCGCUGUGAUGACUUUCGUUCUAGUCCUGCUAUAUAAAUACGAGUGCAAUAUGAUUCUAGGCGGGUGGUUAAUCUUUUCAACCAUGACUUUGAUUUUCAUGUUCGGCUACUUUUACCUUCAACAAAUCCUGAAAGUCAACAACGCCGCCCUGGAUUGGGUCACACUUGGAAUAGUCAUGUGGAACUUUGGAAUCGUCGGCAUCAUCUGUAUCCAUUGGAAGGGCCCUCUAUUCCUUCAACAGUGUUACCUGAUAAUUUCGGCUGCUUUGAUGGCGUUGAUCUUCAUCAAAAUGCUACCUAACUGGACAACAUGGCUUAUUUUAGCAUUUUUGAGCAUUUGGGAUUUGAUUGCCGUCCUUUGCCCUUAUGGGCCGCUGAAUAUGCUUUUGCAAUUGGCGAAUGAUCGAGAAGAUGAGCUCUUCCCCGCUCUCAUUUACAGUUCUGGCGCGGGAAUGGCAGUACCGACAAUCAUGGUCACAACUCAAGCUGGCACCUUCUUAGCGCCGUUGCUUGGAAUGGCCGAAAGCUCCGAUCCAUCGACUCAACAAGAAAUCCAAGUGAGGCAACCAAGAUCUCAGCGAUCAUCAGAGCGAGCAAGAACAGAUGAAAGAAGGGAAGGAGUCAAGCUUGGUCUCGGCGACUUCAUAUUCUACAGUGUCCUUGUCGGAAAAGCCUCGCAGGUGCACGAUUGGAACAUCACCCUCGCAUGCAUUCUCUCCAUUCUCGUCGGGCUGAGCACAACCCUCAUCAUUCUCGCCUUUUUCAAGAAGCCCUUGCCCGCCCUGCCAAUAUCUCUCACUUUAGGACUCAUUUUCUAUUUCUCGACGAAUUACCUGAUCGCUCCGUUCAUGGACCUUUGUAUUCUCAAACAGAACUCUUCACAAAAUCUUUCUGACGCUCCAGUCAAGCAAACUUCUGAGCAAAAAUUCGCGAAUACGAAGCUCUCCCGAGACUACCCAAAACAUGGCCGUCUUGGGGACAUGAAAGCUGCAGUCACUCUUCGGCAUAAGAGAGCGACUGAUCUUCCCAAACGAGCCAUUGUCACUGAAUCCUCGCAUGUGUUGAAUCGGGAUAAAGUGAUUGACCCGAGAUAUCCUGCAAAUGAGAUGCCCUUGUGGAGAAUCGAACAGACGGUGAAUUCGGUUAAUGACAGAACGCCGUUUGAAGUAGACCAACUCAAUUUAGACGACAAAUCGGUGGAUUCAGUCGACGAUUAUAGAUUCAAGGAUUUUGAAUAUAUGCCUCCAGAAUACAUGCUCGGCCGGGACGAUGAGCUCGGCUACUUGCCGAAAGAAUUUGAGUGGCCUGAGGAGACAAAAAGCUAUUUCAAAGACGAAGACAAAAAGAAUAAAAAGUACCAGUGGGAAUUUUACAAGCAAAAUGAAGUCGAAGAUGAGUACAUGGGCGUUCGACGGGGCAAAACUCGGCAUUUGCACGCAACUGGAGCGCCGAUAGACACUCGUUACUUCGAUCCAAAUGUCUUGAGGCUUGGAGAAAAGUGGAAGCCAAAGGAGCUGUUUACAGAAGAAAUCAGUAAAAAGAUAAAAGAACAGGAGUUGAAAGAAAAUUAUAUCCCUGGAUACAAAGACAAACAAAACCUACAGCGGCAGGCAUUUCCGGAACACCAUCGCGACUACCAAGUUAUCCCGUCGUUUUCCCUCCCGAAAUUGAGUGAAAGAAAAAACCAUCCCGAAGGAAUCGCUACGUUUUCUGGGGCGCUGAAUAUAACGAAAACAAGAGUCACAGAGGAGAAUAAAAAAGUGCUUGUUUCGGAAGAAAUACAAGCUCGCGAAGAAAGAUUGGUCGCUGGAGCAAAGAAAAUUAUUCAAAAUGGGAUUUUGCUGCAAAUUGAUGGGGGAGAGUAUGGAGUGAAUCCGCCGACGAAUGUUUGGAAUCCGUUGGACACGAAAUAUGGAAGCAUUGACAAGACGAAUAUGUUUGGCUCUCACGCAGAUGAGCGUUCUCUAGUGGAGGAAACGUGGCUUUGGGACGAACGACAUGGCCUUGCAAAGCCCGAGCGCUAUUCAAAGGCAAUCGCCUCCAAUCUAACCAAGCUCUUGAAAAGCAUUAAUUCUAAAAACGAAACAGCAUCUUUGCCCGAUGAGAAAGUCCAUUUGAUUUACCCCAAGCGAGUCAAUGGCUCGAUUUGUUACCUUGAAGUCCACGAUGAACUUGUUGCUUCAAAUUUCUCAAGUGAUCCUGUUCAAAACUCCGAGAUCGCGAGUUCAUCAAAAGACUCUAGCGAUGAAUUUGAAAUCUACUCCCCAACUCAACUUAUGGUGGAAAAUCACUUUUACAAUUUGAAGAAGAUUACCGAGAAAAAUCAACGGGAGAGCGAAGUGAAAAAGAAUCUUUUGUCAAAUGGCGAAACUUAUUUAAAUUCUAUCGUUAUUUCUGAUUUUUCUACUCCUUCGUUUGAUACAUCGGAGCACAACAUCACCAGAUUUGGAAAAGACCGCGAAAGGGCUAGAAAGUUUCUGCCGAUUCUCAGGGAUGAAAUGACAGACGACGAGAGCAAGGGUCGACUGACAAUGAUCGUCCACGGACUUUUGCACGACCAGGCAGUUCGCGAAUUCGGAGUCCAGGACAAACUGGACACUCCCUUAUCCGCUUAUGGCUACUGUCUUACCGAUGGUAAAAUUGCGCACGUGAUCAAGUUCCAGCUCAAUACGACAAAUCUCGUUGACGAUCACGACGUGUAUAACCAAGUGGAAUCUUUCGAAAAAUUGGAACUCUUCGAAGACGCGAGUCAUUUCUUGUGGGACGAGGCGGAGAGAAUUAAAUCGUUUAGUUCUGAAAAUUUAUUAAAACUUGCGACGCUGCUGAACUCUCAUUAA